AUUCUGGGCACCGGAGCUCGUGGUACGCCAAAAUGUGUUUAUUUAGCGGCGGGAAACACCAGGUGGUAUCCCAGGAAUGCUCUUGACGAUACAAGAUGUUGGAGUGCCAAAAGUCCAUGUGCACGGUCCCAAAGGAACGGUAGAUAUAUUUGACGCAAUCAAGAAGUUUGUGUUGCUGCAAGCUCUAAAAAUUCACGAAGCCAAGUGUGAUGAAUCGGAGCCAUAUUCGGAUGGGGCAAUGACCGUUACAUAUGUUUCCAUUACAAAAUCAAAUCCUCAGGAAACUGAGCCUAUUGAUGUGAAAGAGGAAGUAGUGGACAAUACAAUCAGUUAUUAUGAUUAUACUAAUUCUAAUGGCAAACGAGUACCUGAUAGAGUAGAGAAGGAAAAGAAGAUAUCGAAGAUCGAAAAGAAGUUGGAAAAGAAGAAAAUAUCCAAUGUAAUGUCUUACAUUUGUAAAUUGCAUCCUCGUGCGGGCAAGUUGGACUUUGAAAAAUGUAUGAAGAAAGGUGUACCAGCUGGUCCUUUGUUGAAACAGCUCAAAAAUAAUCAGGACAUUACUCUUCCUGACGGCACAGUCGUUUUGAGCAAAGAUGUUUGCUCUCCCAUGACGCCAGGUCCUUCUUUCAUAAUUGUAGAAUGCCCAUCGGAAGAUUAUUUAGAAUCCUUUGUAAACCAUCCUGCCUUUGCACAACACCAAACGACAACGUCGAGCAAGGAUGACGCGCCUUAUUGCAUCAUUCAUUUCACGCCUCAAAAAAUAAUGGAUAACCCUCGUUACGUGGACUGGAUGGGCAAAUUUGGUCUCAACACGCGUCAUAUAGUUUUAAAUGAGGAGAACGAGUGUAUGGGGACCGAAGCGAGCCACAAGCAUCAGUAUAAACUUCGUUUAUUGCAUUCUGAUAUAUUCCCUUCUUUGGACGAAGAAAGCUUUCAAAAGAAAACACGGGCGGCGGACAUGCCCGUUAUAUAUCGCCCCAGAACCCUUCACACCGUCCACUUGCAACCGGAAUUGAGACUCGAUACAACAAACGAAGUAUCGUUGCAUUCGGAGGAGUACAUAAAUGAAGUUUUCGAGACUGAGGGUUUCCUAGACGUGUUGGCGGAGCUGCAAACGGACAUUAACGCUCGAACGAAAGAAUUGUCUAUUGGAACCGAAUAUCCAAAGAUCGUUAUGCUGGGUACUGGUUCCAGCGUUCCGAGUAAAGUCAGAAACACGAGCGGCAUACUCUUGCGAGUGGACGAGGACCAUAGUAUGGUGCUAGACGGCAGCGAGGGUACGUUCAGGCAAAUCAUGAAAAUCUACGGAAAGUCCGAGACGGAUAAGAUCCUGAAAACGAUCAAGGCGGUGUACGUGUCGCAUCUGCACGCGGAUCAUCACAUCGGCUUGAUCGGUUUGUUAAAGGAAAGAGGGGCUGUCACGCAAGAUUCUUUGUACCUGUUCGCGCCGUCACAUAUUGCCGCGUGGCUACAGCUGUAUCACAAACGCUUCGAACCCAUUCUGCACCGGAUGACGCUAAUAUCGAACAGCGAGCUCUUCAUGAACAUACACAAUCCGAAUGACUUGAAAUACUUGGACAUGUACAAAACGCUGAACGUGCAAGCUGUGAGAACUGUGUACGUCAAGCAUUGUCCUUAUUCGUACGGCGUUUCCGUGACGCUCCACAAUGGAAAGAAGAUAGUAUACAGCGGAGAUACUAUGCCCACCGAAAAUCUCGUGAAGCUCGGUCAAGAUUGCGACCUUUUGAUUCACGAAGCAACGAUGGAGGACGAUCUGAUAGAGGAAGCGAAGAUAAAGUUUCACUCAACGGUCUCACAGGCCGUAGAAAUGGGCGAGAAAAUGCAAGCAAAGUUCACGCUAUUGACGCACUUCAGCCAACGAUACUCUGUUAUACCUCACUUACCUGAAGCCGAGAAUGGCACUAAACUAGAUAACGUCGGUAUUGCAUACGAUAAUAUGCAUAUUAGCCUGUCGCAAUUGCCACUCUUGCCUUUAAUGUAUCCGGCACUAAAAUUGAUGUUUAACAAAUAUUACAUGGUGCUAGAAGACCGAGCUGCAAAACGGCAAAAUAUGGCAGCAAAGUAAUAUUUUAUAUUAUAAUACUAUCAUUGUCACUUCUUAUUGCUUUACAAUAUUGUUGAUUGAAAAUCAAUGUAUAGCUAUGAAGAAAGUAAUAACUGAGAAAGUGUUAUCCUCCUUUAAUUUUUAAUGCAAAAUCUUCCAACUUGAUGUAAAUAAAAAAUGAUCCAUUAGUACUAUUUUGCAAUAUUUUCGUAACAAAACAAUCAGUUGAUAGGUUUAUUAAACUUACUAAAAUUGUCCACUGAUAAACUCGAUAGUGACUUGUACAUCGUGUAUAUAAACUUAUUAAUAUAAUAAUGCAAUCAGUUUAUAGAAGAAGUCGCGUGUAGCUCCGAUCAAUAAAAAAUUUUUUUAUUACAUCCUUUAAUUUAUUACAUCAAUUGCUCUUAAUGCAUUUCUACCGUGAAAAAGUAAUAAAGAGAUUGCCGCUUACAGAAGUAUAUAAAGAAAUUGUGUCAUCUCGUCAGUGGAUCAAAAAAUCCAUAUAUAUAUUUCAGUAUAUCAUCCAAAAAAGUAAAAUAUUCACCGAAUGCUUUUCGCACACUUCGCAUUAUAAAUACGUGUUUCGCUCUCGUAACAUGUAAAAAUUAAUUGGCGCCUGCCGUGCGUAGUAUCAUGUUGCGAUCAGCGUAAUGACGUUGAAAAAAAGAGACAAACAUAUAUUUACACAAGACGAACGUACAUAUCUCAGUGUGUCUCGAAAUGAUCAUCUAUCCGAAGAGUCUACUUCUCGUUAUCUCCUACAAUUCUAUUCGACAUACCGGAAAAUUCGUAAAUUAUAAAACACAACGUGACUUUCUGUCAGUUUUCUUAUCAUUGAGAAAUGAGAUUAAGUCUAAUCUUAUUGCUAAGAACGCGCAAUACCCGUCGAAGUAUCGUAAAAAAAAAAAAA